UCCAUCUACACUCGCUUCAGGUUCACAGAAGCUUUCUGAGUACAUUUGUGCGCUCCACCUCGACGUUUUGUGUGAAUCUGGCCUCCUUUCUCGUACACCUUUUUGGUGUACGUUUUUGUUUGCGGUAAAUCUAGAAAACCAACAAAUUACCGUUCAGCAAUUGCCCUUUCUAAUUUAUCUCUUUUUUAGCGUUCCGGUCUGUGGUCUGGCUGUGCCCCUUUUGCCUCACUUGGCGACUUUUUCCCUCCACAACUUCGUCGAACUCGUCCGCCCUCAGUCCUCGAGUUCUUCGCGAACGGUGCAGCCCUGCACUUCUUGUUGUCACGCUUCGUCUUCGUCGCAUAGUCUCAUGCUUUGCUCCUCGGAACACGCCCUGUCUCUUCUCCGCCUUUCUCAGCUUCUCUCUUAGUUCCCCCAUGGGGUCACUCCGCACUGUUGUUUUGUCGCCCACCAUCGAAACUCUCAGUUCCUCUAUGCUUUCGCUUUCUUUUCCUUCCUGUCUCCUCCUGCACAUCCUUUUCUUUUCUCCCUCUCGACUUCUGUGUUUUCUCCUUCCUCGCGUAUCCAACGUUAGUUAAGCAUGCUGAGACGCGCAGGAGGCGUCCUCCCCCCUGCCGUCCGGAACGGGGGCAACGGGGCUGGCCGCGUGUCUGGACAGCUCACCGUGCAUCGAGGGAGGCGUCGAAGUUUCUCCUCUUUGCUAGAAAUUCCGGAAACAAACAGUCAGUAUCUUUCGCACUCGCGUGGAGAUCUCAACCGGCCAGAAGGAAGGCGGCAGCUGUUCUCAGCCGCGACACGCGAUCUUUCGCGGUCGGCAGAACGCAUGCGCGUUCGUCUUGUCUCACCUGUUCCCUCAGCCGGGUCGACCACGCCUGCCGCUCUGAAGUCGAAACAGCAGGCACAUGCGGCAAGAGUUCCCCGCACUUCGUUCUCUGUUUCUUCUUCCCCGCCCUCCCCUUAUCAACUCCCUCUUUUAACCUCUUCUCUGCUCCCCCACCCUUCGUCUAUCCUUCAGUCUGUUCAACCUGCCUCUUCACGCUCUCUUUCUCUUUCGUCGCUUCAGACGUCGUCGUAUCCGCUUGCUCUCCGUAGCCGUGUUCUCGCAGCAGCGCAUGUACAGACACCGAGGCGUGGAGACCCUUUUCCGCCCGGGACAGCUCCAGAGCCUUUGUCAGACUCAUCAGCUCUCUCUUCUUCGUUUUCUCGAUCUUCUCCUUCUCGCUCUUCGGCUGCUUCGGCGUCGUCCUCGCCUUUCACGUCUUGCACUUUUGAGUCACCAUCAGUCUCUGCAUCUCCCUUGCCGUCAUCUCCCUUUUCGUCUUCCGCGUCUCCAGUGUCUCCUCCUUCGUUUGAGGCGGGGCCGUCAUCUGCUUCUUCAGGCUCCCUUUCUCCUGAGGUUCCGGACUUCUUGCUUCCCUUUCUGCCUUCCACUGUUGGCCGCGACCGCCUCCGGAGACAAAGCGACCGCAUUUCAACACGCGCGGCGCUCGUGCGCCGCGCCUCCCGCCUUAGCCAUGUCAACCUCACUCUGGCGAUUCAUCAACUCUCUCUGGAGGCGUCUGCAGCUGCCCGACAUGCCGCGAUAGCUGCGGUGCAAAAGGCCAUCGUCGCCGACAGGAGGCCGACGCCUCCCCGUGACUCUGUGCUAUCCUCCGCUGCUGAGUCCUCUAAUGCAUCGCCUUCGAUUUUUACAGUGUCUCCCUCUAUCACUGCUUCUGUCUCUUCUGCUUCGAUCUCUUCAGAGUCACCAGACCUGGCGGUUCCUCGCGCCGACGGAUUCACUGGAAUGCUCUCAACGUCUCUAAUAGGCACUGCUUCCUCGCGGUCUUCUGCUUCUUCUCCAUGCUCGUCUCCUUCUUCUCUACCUUCUUCUUCAUCUUCUUCGUGCGGCUUGGAGACCAGGCAGCUUUCAGGAGAGGUGAGAAGCUCGCCUGAGGUGCCUGCUGAAGCUGUGCAAGUUUGGGGAGAGUUGAAGGAGUUGGAUCGCGAGGAAGAAGUGAGUUUGUGGAGGCCUUUGCUGGGGCGCCUGGAGGAGAUAGAGGCGAGUGUGACGUCGACAGAGCAGGUGAUUCUUUUGGACGCCCUCUCCCGCCUUCCGCCGCAGCUCCUCUCUACUUGCAUGCAUGCACAAGACCAGAAAGGCGCGGCCUCUGUCUCCUCUCCAGCGCUCUUUCGAGAUCUCGUUCUGGACGCCGCAAGGCGACUUAUGACCCGCUUGGUGCCCCAUGUUUCGGAGCUCCCUCUUGCGGCUCUGGCCAUUGUGCUCCGCGCCUCUGCAGUCCUCGAUUUGCCGCACUCUGGGCUGCUUGCUCAGGUGUCUGCGAGGCUUCAGAUGGAGACGAAUUUGGAUUCGUUUCAAGAACUCGACAGCGAGAGACGCGCAGCUCUUGGACCGGCUCCAACUGGGGGAUUACCCAGCGAAGAAAGGGAGAAAAAGCUGCCAGAAGAGGAAACACAGAGAGCACAGGGAGGCUCAUCAAGCCGGAGAGAGGGGCUCGAAGGGAGGAGAGAGAUGUCGGGCAACGAAGAGGGUGAGAGGGACCAAGACAGAAACAGAGGACGCGGCGAACGUCGCGACAGCUACACUGAGAGAGGAGAUGGAACAUGGCGAGAGGAAGCAGAGAAACGCGAAAGGAACCAGGGAGCAGCUCGUGACCAGAAACUCGGAGGCAGAGGCAUCUGCGCUGUGGUGUAUGGACACCUCGCCCUGGCAAGUCGCGGCUUCAUUUUGGAUCCGACAGCCUUUCUUUUGCGAUUUCUUUCUCCCCAAGUUUGCGCGACACUAUCUCCAACGCAUGCGGCCGCGCUUGCCACGUACAGCCGGCUCUGCCUCGAGAGUCAGUUAGCUGAAUCGCUCUCGGCUUCGCCUUCUCCACCCUCGACAGUUUCAGAAAACGCAUGUUCGUCGGGAGAUCCGAACGCAACUUCGCAUCGAGCGACAGACGUCGAACGAGACGUGAACAGUCUCGCGAGCCCUAGCUGUUUCAGAGACACCCGGCAACUCGACGUCGCUGAAUGGAGACGAGACCGGAGUCUCUUGCUUCUUCGAACUCUGAGGCCUCUUCUCCACAGGCUUCUUCAGAUUCAGAGCGGCUGCGUGUCACCCACUUCUGCUUCUUCUUCUUCCUCGCGGUCUCGUGCAGCGUCUUCUUCUCUUUUUUCUUCUCUACUUUCUCUGUCGCCUGCCAGUCUCAACCAGCCGUGGUACACUCACACGGCGUUCCUCCAGGAAACGGAAGAAGCCGACAAAGACUCGGCGACAGUCCUGCAAACGCCUUGCUUUGCUUCUUCGCUUUUCUCCCCACAUGAAGAGGCGGCCGCGGCGGCCUUCGCGUGUACGUAUCUCGCGUCUUUCCUUCGACUUGGGCGACAGGCGAAAGAUGGCGUGUGCGUCUCAGACUUCGGGUUUGAUGCAUGCACCGAGGAGCAGCAAUCGGCUGAAGGAUGGGAGUCUGGCGUACACCUGGCGCGAGGCGGCGGCACCCAGUGUUCUGUUGCGCGACAAACAGGAGACGGAGAGGCAGCACCAGAGGGAAAGGGGGACGCGCGGAAGGUCGAAGCAGGGGCGAGAGGGGCGGAGACAGGAGACGCAGACGAAAUGCGAAAGGCAGACCCGUGUGCCGAUGUGUGGGGAGUUGACGCUGGAGCCGAAGAGAGUUUCUGUUUGCUAAAGCGAUUCACAGACGCCCUCCCCACCCUCCUAGGGCGAAUCGGUGGGGCAGAUGCCGCUGCCCUCUUCUCAGCCUUACACAGGAUAGGGUGUCUAGACAGCUGGACAGCAGAAGCUUUGGCGGAUGUGAUGGAGCGCGAAAUGAACCGGCUCUCGCUCGCGUCUCAGCGCUACUGUGCGCCGUGGGGAGAACGCCGUCCGGGUCUUCCGGCUUUCUGGAACGAGGAGAGACUUGUUUUACCUGUGCUGCUUCGCGACUCGCUUCACUUCUUGGAAGAGGCUGUGGCUGUUGGAACGCUCUGUCGCCGCAGGCGUCUCCUCCAGACGCUCGCAGGUGAGUCGGACUUCAGUGCGCCUUCUUCCUCCGCUUCUGAUCAGGGAAAAGAGAAAGGGGAAGGAGAGAAGAGGGAUGCGUACGGUGAGGAUGACGCAGAAGAGACGGAACCGUAGGAAACAGACGAUGGGGAAGACGGGAGCAGAGGAGGGCAGAGAAGAAGCGAAGAAAGAAUGCGAAGAAAUGCAGGGGACAGCGGAUGAAGAAGAAUCACUUACUCGGUACGAGAGCAGAGAGAACCGUCACAAAAGGGUCUGAAGGAAGAAGAAAGAAAAGACGACGAAGACGGCGACGUUCAAGAGAGGCACGCAACGGUAGAAAUGCGAAACGAAUCGCUCGAUGCGGACUCCUUUGCUUUCCCACCGUCAUUUCAGGCAACCUCGCUCGUGAGGCUUCUUCCCUAUCAGAGGCACAGAAACGGCGACUCGACUUGGUCCUCGGUGCCCUACACUUGCACGUUCCUCCCAGUCGUGUCUAGAACACGCAUGCAGAUUUUGAGGGCCAACAGAAGUCGUUUUUUCACUUCUGCGGUGUCGGACGAGUGUGUCGUCGGAUGCAGAUGAAGAACAGAGGCUUGUCAAGUCCCCGAAAUCCAGGUCUCUCUGUAAGCGUUUUUUUACGGCGCUGCAUGCGGUGCGUCGGGCACCGCUUUGCAUGCGCUGCAUUACGCUGCUGGAGGAAACUCCGUUAAAGUUGGGCUAUUCGCACUCCUGUGUUGCCACUGCAACUGCUGGAGUCCGGUUUUUGAUUGUACUCUAGAGAAUGCCCGCGUUUGUGGAUGUCGUCACGCAACGCAUAUGCAUGCAUAUAUAAUAUACACACGCGUGUUCUGUGAGAGUGCAUACAUACCCAUAUAUGUGUAUAUAUAUAUAUAUAUAUGUAUAUAUAUAUAUACCUAUAUAUGUUUGGACCCAAACGAUGGUGGCUACUGCAUUUGUUCGACCCCC